UCUGCCCCCCAACACAGGCCAAUUGGCCGACGGGUACACUUGCGCAUCCGGGGCAGCCGAUCGACCCCGCACUCGCGCACCCACGCCCACACCACCGGUAUCUGUCCUUGGCCAUUGUGCCGCCCGAAUUCAGAGCCAUCUUCGAUCACAAUCCAUUGCAACAAGUAGCAAGCCCUUCUGGUUAGUCCCUAUAUGUACCACGUACAAGUAGUCUGCUGCUGAUACAAUCAGUGGCAUACUGCUUGCUCUCGGGUCUCCGCUUGGAAUUGGGACGGUCCGCGGCGAUCGAAUGUGGACGGAGAGGAGGGCGAGGAGGAGCGGUUCCAUGGCCGGCGGCGGAGGAGGGCGGGCGCGCGGCGCGGAGGGGAAACGGGCGGCGCCGCAGGGGCAGAGGGCGCCCGCCGCGACCGCGGGGUACUUCACGGCGGAGCUGGCCGCGCUGUUCCUCUGCCUGACCGCGCUGCUGGUGUUCCUCCCGCUGGUCCUGCCGCCGCUCCCGCCGCCGCCGUCGCUGCUGCUGCUGGUCCCCGUGGGGCUUAUGGCCGUCCUGGUCGCGCUGGCGUUCGUGCCGUCCGACAGCCGGAGCAUGGCCUCGUCGUGCCAUUGAAGAGGACAGCGCGCGGUAGUAGGAGUGGAGAAAUCAUUUUGCUUUCUUGUUUUUGAUUGAAUUGACAGUUUUGUUAACUGCUAACACGAUCCAUGUAGAGAAAUCAGAGCAUUAUUUAAUCACGUGCGACCGUCAAAGAGUACAUUUGGUUCGUCAAGGAUUUAUCCAGCAAUUUUGUCGAAACUAGGACUUGUCAAGUGUUAGUGCUGAGUUAGGUCAUUUCCACACCCACAAAUUUUUCCUUCCGCAUCUGUCCAUGGAUACGGACGUGGGAGACCAUCAUCCAAGGUUAUUUUGU